AUGGUUUUUGAAAGUGUGGUAGCCGAAGUUCUAAACCGUGUAUUAGGCAAUUUUGUUAACAAUCUUGAUGCGUCACAGCUGAAUAUUGGUAUAUGGGGUGGUGAUGUAAAAUUAACCAAUUUGGAAGUGAAAGAAACAGCAUUGGAUGACUUCGAUCUACCGGUAAAAUUAAAAUUCGGUUGUCUUACAAGGCUUGUUUUGAAAAUCCCAUGGAGUGAUCUAUAUCGUCAACCAGUUAUUGCUGAUAUUGAAGGCUUGAAUUUAAUUGUUGUGCCAAACAAAGGCGUCGUGUACAGUGAAGAAAAAGCAAAAAAGCAUGAGAAGGAAGAGAAGGGUAAGACACUUACGAGGCUUGAAGAAAACAGAAAACGAAGAAGGAAACCACCAGAUCUAGCUCCUGAUACAUUCGCAGAGAAAUUUGUUGCUACAGUAAUCAAGAAUUUACAAGUGACAGUUCGUAAUAUACAUAUUCGCUAUGAGGAUAAGUAUUCGCACCGUAACCGUCCAUUUGUAGUUGGUGCUACUCUUGAAGGGAUCGAUUUUAAGACUACUGAUGAGAAUUGGAAUGAAACUAUACACAAAGAGGUUGUAAAAAUUGUUUACAAAUUGGUAUCAUUAAAAAAUCUUGCAAUUUAUUGGAAUUCUAGUUCUGAAUUAAUGUCUGACUUAGCUAACAAUGCUGCCAUUUCGCAAGCAAUGAAUGAUGCUAUUAUAGUUGGCAAUAAAAAGCCAUCUGGAUACAAGUACAUGCUUGAACCAAUUAAUAUGCAAGCAAAGCUUGCAUUAAAUCAAAAGCCCGAAACAGAUAGUUCUAACUGGAAGAUACCGAAGAUCAAACUUAUUUUGGAUAUGGAUACAUUGGCUAUUGCAGUUGGCAAAUUUCAAUAUCAGGAUCUAUUAUUGCUGUUGGAAGCACAAGAAAGGUUCAGAACUGCUGCGCAGUAUCUGAAGUAUCGUCCAAAUUUGAAUGACUAUAAGGGUCAUUACAGGAAAUGGUGGCAUUUCGCUUACAAUGCAAUUGUUGAGGAAAUUGUUAGAAGACGAAGGAAUAAUUGGAAUUGGAAAAGAAUGAAGAAGCAUCGGGAAUCAGUAAGAGCUUAUAAAGACGCUUGGCUGAAAAAACAAACUGAGAAAAACCUCAGCAGCAAAGAUCGAAGUAUUAUUGAGGAAACCGAAGAGCAUCUUGAUGUGUUUAACUUGAACAUUGCUCGGCAGCAAGCUGAUAUGGAAAUCGAUAGGCGCGGCUUAAAGAGAUUAGAAGAUCAACCACAGGGAUGGAUAAAUUGGGCUAAAAGCUGGUGGAGUGGUGGCAGUGAUGUUAAAGAGAAGACGGAAAGUAUAGCACUGUCAUCAGGUGAUAUUGUGACAAAGUUUGAAGAAGCCUUAACUGUAGAAGAAAAAGCUAAAUUGUUUGAUGCUAUUGAUUAUCAGGAAAAUACUCCUUCAACUGAUUAUCCGAAACACUUCGUGGAGAAUGUUGUCGUUGCUAAUUUGAACGUACUUAUGAUUGUAAUCGAGGGUGCUUUGACAUUAAAGUUCUCCAUAAUUACAACUAAGAUAGAACAUCGAGCAUCAGCUCAAGCUAUCAACCUUAAAAGUGGCAUAAAAAAGGUGGCAAUGGAUGGCUGCGGACAACAGGUUUUAUUCGUACAGGAUGAUUCCGUUGAAUGGUUGACAGUGCUUGUCGAAACUAAUCCGUUGGAUCGUGAUAAAGCUGGAUAUGACCAGUAUAUCAAAAUUGCUCUAGCACCGACUGUCAUGAAAUACCAUGCACCAGCUAUUAACACUGCUAUCGAAGCGUUGAGACCUCCUGAAAGUGUGCGACUGAAUCAAUUGACGGCAGCAGCAAUGGCGCGUUACGAAGAUGUUAAAGCACGUUCGCUUACCGGGCUGGCUCAUGUUGUUGACACUAGGACAAAAUUAGUACUUGACAUACGAAUUGCACCUCUGACAAUUGUAGUCUCAGAAAAUGGAAUAUUCAGUAAGGAAAAGCGAAAUUUAAUUGCAGAUCUUGGUUUGCUUACAAUAACUACAACGGAAGAUGCCUCAUCUAUGGAAACAUUGAUAGUUGGUAAUCAAGAAGCAGAGCGCCGGGCAAAGUUAUUUAGUCGUGCAUACGAUAAGUUUUCUGUGAAACUGACCGGUGUACAGUUGAUAUUUUCGGACUGUUAUCAAAGUGCUAUUGAUGCCAAAUUGCAACCUAAAUCGAGUUUUCAUUUACUACAGCCAACUGGAAUGAAUAUUGCUUUCCAUAAAUCAUCCAUCGAUGACCUACAGUUACCCAAGAUAAAGAUAAUGGGUGAAUUACCUGAUAUUAUCAUAACGAUCUCAGAUGAGCGUUUACUGGAACUUGUAAAAUUGAUAUUGAGCAUUCCGACUCCUGCUCCCGAAAAGGAAAUCAGUGCUUUGAGUACAGCUUUUACUCCAGCUGAAAAAGCAAGAAUUAGAAACCUGGCAACGAUGCACGCCAUCAUGGAGGCCAGUGAAAUCUCAGAAGUUGAAGAACAUCUAAAAGUAAAAAACAAAAAUCUGGAGAAGCAGAAAGAGAGGAAGACUGAUAUGCAGCAAAUCCAAUUGGAAGUUAAUCUCACAUUGAAACAGGUCCAAAUUGUCAUUGGCACACCGGAUGCAGCAUUUUUGUCCGUACAAAUUAGAUCCCUGGGUUGUGGUUUGCAGAUGCGUACAUUUGAUAUGGUUGCAAUGGCUUAUUUGGGUGAUUUAACAAUCGAGCAACCUCAGUAUAAAAGUUUGAUUCCUGGACGUAAUACAUUAUUUGUUGUUGACAACGCUCAUAACACUGACCAAAAUUUGCUUCAAUUCAAAUAUGUACAGGCAAACAAGGAAAGUCCGUUUUUCGCAACAGAGUACAAUUCUACGGAGCAAGCGAUUGAUAUUUCUUUCAAAGCAAUGAUUAUAUCACUUCACCAGGAUGCCAUAAUUAGCUUGAAAAAAUAUUUCGAAACACUUCAAGCAAAAAUUGCUGAAUUGCAAAGUCAAGGCAAACUGGUACAAGAUCAAGGAGAUAAAGGUGAUGCGGGAAUAUCUACCGGUGAUAUCCCAACACUCCACGAAAAGAAAAUUUCGCGUUCUUCAAGUCAACAAAGUUUGGCUAGACCUUCUGCUUCCGAAUCGUUAAAGUUAAGUCAUACAAGGCGUGAACGAGAACUAGCACAAACACGAAAUGAUUUCAUUGUCAAAAUGCGUGUAAAUGCUGUUUUUGAUGCUUUAUCGGUCUAUGUUGGUUCAACAAAAUGCUUGGAUACAGCCCUGAGUAUCAAUGUUGUGAAAGUCGCUAUAGCAAUGCGUGUGAGAACAAUGGAAAUGGAAGGUGGAGUCAAAACAAUAUCAAUGGAAGACCGGACUGGAACAACAAUCCACAAACAUCUGCUGGCACUUUGUGAAGAAGACAAAGAGAUGUUAUCAUUUAGUUUCAAACAGUACAAUCGUACCAUGGCUGAGAAGAAACAGAUGCAACCUUCCGAUCUCGAUUUUUUUAUUAAGGGCCAUUUCGCUCAUAUUCGUUUCGUGCUUCUUUUCCUUUGGCUUGAAAGAAUGAAGCGUUUUGCUGCUCCAUUCCAAGCUGAGGCUGCACAAGUUGCAGCACAGGCGCAAUCAUAUGCAUCUGAAAAGGCAUCACAGGCUGCACAAAAAAUUAAACAUCUUAUGGAAGAGUCGCCUUUGAGGAUUGGUUUGGAUAUCGAACUUGCGGCACCAACAAUUUUGGUGCCAAAGAGCUCUAUGUCAUUGAAUGCUCUUUUUAUUGAUUUUGGGAAGCUUACUGCUAUUAAUUCAGUCUCAGCGGCACAGAAUGAGCGGAGAGCAAUUAUUGAUUCGAUGCAAAUUAAUUUAACUGAUGUCUGCUUUGGCAUCUCACUUCUUUCGGAAGAAGAUAUACAAAUCUUAUCCACGUGUCAGAUUUUAAAGCCAAUCACAUUUUCACUAUUAGUUUACCGGAAUUUGUCCUUUGAAUGGUACAAAACAGCUCCACAGAUGCUCGUUGAUGCUCACUUGCCUAUUAUCGAGAUGGGCAUGACAGAAGAAGAUUAUGCAACAAUCUUGAAAACACUCAGUGGCAACUUGGCGGAAGGAAGCGAGUUAUCAUCGGAGCCAUCACCAUCUGUAAAUCCUCCAAUCCGGCGAGAAAGAAAUGUUACUGAGAGAAGACAAGAAUGUACUGAAAAAGCUGCAUCAGAAAAUAAUGGGAAUCCAUUGAGUGAUUCCAAGGCGAAAUCUCUUGUUUUCAGUUUCAAACUGGAUGAAAUUGCUGCACUCUUAUAUCGCGGUUCUUCAAAUUUGGAAGAUUCAAAAGGUGAAAUUGCUCGUAAGGCGACAGCGGGUUUUGCAGCAGUGAGAAUGAAAAAAAUUAAAUUGAGUGGUUCGAUAGCCGAAAAUGGUGAAUUGGACAUUGCUGUCAACUUGGAGGUAUUUGUCAUGGAUGAUGAAAGAAGCGAAAAAAACAAAACGCGACGAUUAUUGGAUAAAAAGCCUGAUAGCACCGGAAAAAUUCACAAGGAGUUUGUCGCUGCUCGUUACCAAACUACCGUAUUAGGAGACAAAAUUAUUACUUUCUCAUCGUCUGCUUUUUUCCUCUGCCUUUACCCAGAGUUUCUGGGAGCACUGAUGAACUUUUUUACGAUAAAGAAAACACCUGAGGAGUUAACAAGAGAAGCUGAAAAAGUGAAUAUUCCAAAUAUUGCACAGAAUAAGGAAAAAGUGGAAGCGAUUCCAUCAAAAGGCACGGUGACAAUGAACUGUAUAAUGAAUGAAGCAGAAAUUAUUCUGGUUGAUGACACUGUCAGUCCUGAAAACUCCCAAGCACUAAUUCUGUCAUUUAACGUUGAUCUCAAAGCAAAUCCGGACAGUGAAAAACAGGUUAUGGUUGGUGGGAUCAAGAAUUUGCAGAUCAUCAGCACUUAUUCUUUGGAAUCGAAGCGUGAUCAAAAUCCUUACCAGGUAUUAAAACGUACGGAUAUUGAUAUUCAAUUAAAAGCAGAACAAAAAACGAUGUCUGAGAAUUUUGUAAUAAAUAUUGGACAAUUAUAUCUGAAAAUAUCUCCCGCCAUAAUCCGUUUGCUAAGUACUGUUUCUUCGAAUUUUUUAUCAGCAGCUAAUGCUAAGGAAGAUUCGUUUACUGCGCGGAAGGCAGUGCUUAAGAAGUACCCGAAUUAUUGGGAAAAACGUAAAAUUGACAGGAAUAAGCACUGGUGGUUCAAUGUGGUAGAGGAAAAACAAGAUGAUUUUGAAUAUGCAGAAGAUGUUGCUGGUACUGUCAGUCAUGAACAACAGGGAACUAUUACAAUGGAAUCGCUUAUCGUCACUUUGGAAGCCGGUGUGGGCAACAGAACAGUACCAAUGGUACUUUUAGAAAGUUCGAUGAUGAUUACUGUAUCGCACUGGAGUAUGUUAUUGGCUAUUGAUGCUGAUGUGCAAUUUCAGAUUUCAUAUUAUAAUGAAACAUUUUGCGUGUGGGAACCCAUAGUCGAACCUGUAGAAGUGGGCGACAAUAUCUGGAGGAGCUGGCUUUUGAAAGCUGAAUUGCGAACUCAUAGUGAAAAUGAGUUGUCAACAAAUGGUGCGCUUCAAUUACCUCAAAGAACGAUUAAUGUGAAAGCAUCAGAAUUGCUGAACAUAACAAUAACAAAAUCGCUGAUUUUAUUGUCUUAUCAUCUUAUGGAUUCUUUCGAGAGAGCUGCGAAACUGAUUUCACCAUCUAUGGAACGAACUUUCCCAGGCAGUAGUAAAUAUUUAGUAUUUAACGGUGCUGGCAUUUCGAUCAAAGUUGGUAACACAGAAACAUUAACUAUCAGCGCUGAUGGACAACCGCUUGAUGCAACGUCAUGUACUUUUGUUGAUUUAAAUGUUCCAGUUGAUCCCAAUGAAAAGAUAGGCCUCACACAGAGCCAGACUACAAAAAAAGCGGAGCUGCGCGUCAUUUUUGAUGAAAUAGAUGCAGAGAGAUAUGUAAAUUUUCGUACAAAUUGCCUUAUUUUCUUUCAUCAUGCAUCUCCUGAUUACCGUUAUGACGAAGUAAAUAUAAUGAGAUCUGAAUCGAGAACUUUUGAACUCCCAAUGAAAAGUGAUAGUGGAAAACAGUGGAAAGUGGUUGUAGAAACAAAAGUGGAAAAUAUGCGACGACUUAUUUACCUUCAUUCUACAGUGCAGUUCGUGAAUCACUUGGACAUGCCAUUCGAAAUUCAUUCAAUGCAUGACGGAAGGCUCGAUUUCUGUGGUAUCGCAGAAACAAGUGGUGAACCACUUGAUAUUGCUCUACCGUUAUUGUACACAGCUACUGGCGAAUUGUUUAUCAGACCUUCUCAAGAUGAUGCCUAUGAGAUGAGCAAUGAAUCUGUUUGCUGGAAUAAGUUUGAAGAUAAGGCGCGAUACAUAGUGCGAUGCGAUCUAUCAGAAGAUAUGAAGCAAGGCUUAUUCAUAGCUUUGAUUGUUGAAGAAGUACCAUUGAAAGCAGAAAGAAGCCGAAAUUUAGAUGACAAUAGUUAUGUAGUGCACAUCUUUUCACCUCUCACGUUGCAUAACUUCUUACCAUUUCCUCUACGACUUACUUCUCCGAUGCAGAAGGAGUUAGCUGGUGGCGAAGAAGUCUCACUAAACGUUAUUCCAGGACAGAAUCUUAAUUUCGAAAUGGAUUAUCGUGGGGAUCUCUAUGUGACAGAAAUGCCUUUCCCUGUGGAACACCAGGAUUUAAUGGUCAUCACACUUACAUCCAAUGACAAAAUUCUGAAUCUUGGCGUUCAUUGGACAGUUGUUCAUCGUAAACUUGAUGCUGAAAUAUAUGCACCUUAUUGGUUUGUUAAUAACACAGGAAGAACUGUGAGAUUUAGGGAAAGCAGUGAAGGUAUAAUUGAAAAAACUACAAAAUGCGUGCCGUGUCAGAAAGGAGGAAUGGAAGGCCAGUAUUACGAUGCAAUAAUGCAGGAACCGUUGAACGAACCAGUUUUGCUUCCACUAAAUGCCAAGGAUUUUUUAUCCAAAAAAAAGGCAAGAUUAUCAUUGUUUGGAAACUACUGGAGCAAUGAAUUUCCACUAGAUGCGGUUGGAAAUGCGGGACGGAUCAGUUGUAGAGAUGAAAAUAAUAGUGAGCAGAAUAUUUCAUUGCAAAUAAGCAUGUGUCAAUCUGGUUUAACGAAAAUCAUCACAUUCUUGCCCUUCUAUUUGCUUCACAAUGAAAGCCAGUUUCCAUUGGAAAUAAGAGAAUUUGGAGCGCAAAACUGGGUCCUGAUUACGCCUCAAGCAUGUAUCGGUUUCUGGCCGUCACAAAAAGAAAAUCGGAAAUAUGCUAUUGUCAGAUAUAGUGGUACGGCGGAAGAGUCAAUACUAUUUCCAAUCACUGAAAGUUUUGAAGGAUUCUGUCAUAUCGACAACGAUUAUCUUGGUGUAUAUGUAACUGCCACAGUCUGCGAAUCGUCUUCGAUUAUCAAACUUGAAUCAUUUGAACCGGGUAUGGCUCCCGCUAUCAUAAUGAAUGCAACAAAAAAACCAGUGGAAUUUAGUCAGAAAGGUGCUCGGUCAAAGAAGAUAUUAGGUCCAUGGGAGAGCUGUGCAUUUGCAUGGACAGAUGUGAUUCGUGGUCGUGAAUUAGAAUGGAAAUGUGGUGAUGCUACCCAUUCAGAUGAUUUAAUUCGAAAUGCAUUUGAAGAUUACCGACCAUCUAAGUCAGAUUCUAGUCAUUAUUACUGGGUGUCAUUUUUGAAUGGACGUCAACGUGUGUAUCUGUUCACGGAUAAUCUAGCAGUAAUGACCGCUGCACACGAAGCUUACGAAAUUGAACUUCCUACACUGUCUGUCGAAAUAUCUUUGCAAGGUAUUGGCAUUUCGAUAGUGGAUAAUUUCAAAACUGAAGAAAUUGCAUAUAUGUGUAUUGCAUCAUCGGCUAUUAUUUGGGAGCAGUUCGUCAAAACUCGAUUCAAACCAUUCACAAUUAAACAGAUGGAAAAGGUCGAGCACGCGUAUCAAGCAUGGCUUCCAGAUCACUCAGAAGAAACAGUGAUAGUUGACAAAUUAGAGUUUGACUUCAACCAUAUGAAAUUAAAAAAACAAAAAGACUGGAUUGACAUCCGGCGACAAUUUCAAAUUGGACUUUGGAUGCAGUACAGGCAAACCCCUCACCAGUCGCAAUUUCACAUAAAGGUGAAUCAUCUACAGAUCGACAAUCAGUUACCGGCAUGCGUAUUUCCGUGCAUACUCUCAGUUGUGCCACCACCAAGAUCUGUUGUUCAAGACAGCGCGCCAAAAUCUUUUUGCGAAUUGAGCUACAUAGGACGAGAAUCAGAACACAGCAGGAUUGCUCAAAUAAAAUACCUUCAUCUUUUGGUGCAGGAAUUCUCAGUGCAAGUUGACCAAGGCUUCGUGAACGCAAUGCUGGAACUGAUAUCCUCUCAAGCUGAUAGUAAACCAUAUACGAAAGAAGCUUUUGUGAAAGACUUUGAAAUGACGAAAAAUCAAUUAGAGGUAAUUGCUGGAAUGACGACGGCUUCUCAACAAGCAGCUUAUUAUGAAAACUUGCAUAUUUCUCCGUUAAUGAUACAUUUGUCAUUUUCACAAGGUGGCAGUUCUGGUGGUAAGCAAUUGAGGGAUAAAACUUUGAAGUCAAAAGAAGCCGUUCAGCUUCCAGUUCAGUCCGAAUUUAUCAAUGUCUUCUUGAAGAGUAUUGGUGUAACAGUGACGGAGAUUCAAGAUGUGGUUUUUAAAUUAGCUUUCUUUGAACGAAAGUAUGCUUUCUAUACAACCUCUCAACUUCAAAGCGAAAUAACAGGACACUACACAUCGCAAAUCAUCAAGCAGCUUUAUGUACUUGUUCUUGGUCUCGAUAUUCUGGGAAAUCCGUUUGGACUUGUUCGUGACCUUUCGUCUGGAGUGCAGGACUUCUUUUAUCAACCAUUCCAGGGAGCUGUUCAAGGACCAGAAGAAUUCGCUGAAGGGGUCGCUUUGGGUGUUAAAGGUCUUGUUGGUGCAACAGUUGGGGGCGGAGCUGGAGCAGUUUCGAGAAUCGCUGGUACUCUAGGAAAAGGUGUAGCUGCAUUAACUCUUGAUGAAGAAUAUCAGCGUAAGCGGCAGCAGAUGAUGAACCGUCGUCCGAAAACAUUCGGUGAAGGUGUGGUUCGCGGUGCUAAAGGUGUUGGCCAAGGUUUUUAUGAUGGCAUCGCUGGUGUUGUCGCCAAACCGCUUGCAGGCGCUCGUGCUGGAGGAGCUGGCGGUUUUGCGAAAGGACUUAGUCUCGGUUUGGUUGGCGUAGUUACACGCCCUUUAUCUGGAGCGGUUGAUUUUGCUAGUAGUACUUUAGAUGCUGUGAGAUCUGCGACAGUUGGAACUGAUGAAAUGAAGCCACUGCGUCCAUUACGAGUUAUAUUUUCGGAUAACAUCGUACGACCAUACAGCCAAAAAACCGCUAUAGGAGCUCAAAUAUUUCGUGAAGCUGAUAAUGGUUCCGUAGCCGACUCUGAUUAUUUCUUGGCGCAUGCACCAGUUUCUGAAAAGAGCCUAUUUAUUAUCACAGAUAGACGUGUAAUGAAUGUAAAAAAAAGUGAUAUGGUUGGUUCCUGGAAUAUUGAAUGGCAAAUUUUAUACACGGAAAUGAAUCGACCAACACUUUCGGGCAAAACGAUUAUAAUUGAUUUACGGAAGAAACAAAAGGGUUUCCUUGGAUUAAGCACGUUAGGUGGAAGAGUAGUCGAACUAACGGAACAGGCAUCUGCAGCGGAAAUAUACAACAAAUUAUUAGUAGCUUAUGAAAUUGAAGUUGGUGCUGGUUAA